AACGUUCAAAUAGCGAACGGUCUAUGGACUUUGUACACAAACUUUUAUAUUUUUUGUUACAUUUAUCUUGGUGAUUUAAGUGUAAAAGUGUUAAAAAUCUCUAUUCCUUUACAAUGAACACCAUAAAAUCUUUAAUUUUAAAUCAACCUAAGAAUAAAUUCACUGCCGCUGUUUUAAGGGCAUAUUCUUCGUCCAAAUACAGCUACGAAACGUUGGCAGUGUCCGUUCCUAAGAAGAAUGUUUACCACGUCGAGUUGAAUCGCCCGGAUAAGCUAAACACCUUUAACCUGGCUAUGUGGAAUGAAAUCGGACAGUGCUUCAAGGCUUUACACAAGGAGCCAGAGUGUCGAGUCAUUGUGCUGUCCGGACAAGGAAAGCUGUUUAGUGCUGGUAUUGACCUCAAGAGCUUGGUAGGGUACUUCACACAAGCAAACGAAAUUGAGGACCCACCGCGCCGCGGCCGAUUCCUCUACGAUUGGAUGAAAGACUGCCAGGCCUCUAUAACUACGCUGGAAGACUGCAUCAAGCCGGUACUGAGUGUGGUGCAUGGCGCGUGUAUUGGGGCGGGUAUCAAUCUUACUACUGCUGCUGAUGUUAGGUACUGCACCGAAGACGCGUGGUUCCAAGUUAAAGAAGUAGAAGUUGGAUUGGCAGCCGACGUUGGAGUACUACAAAGGCUACCCAAAAUUGUAGGUAACACAUCAGUAGCUCGGGAGCUGUGCUUCACCGCGCGGAAGUUCGACGCCAAGGAAGCUCUGCAGAUCGGGCUGGUAGGCAAAGUGCUGCCGGAUAAGGAAAGUGCCCUCAAGCACGCCUUGCAAGUGGCUGAAGACAUAGCCACCAAGAGUCCGGUGGCGGUGCAGGCCACCAAACUUAACAUCAUCUACUCCCAAGACAAGACUCCUAAGGAAGGACUGGAGCAUAUCGCUCUGAUCAACAUGCUUAACCACCAAGGCGAGGACUUCACCAAAAGCGCGAUAGCACUCGCUACCAAAGGCGAGAAACCCGAUUUUGAAGAUUAUUAACCCUUUAUAGUGCACAGCAUGU